CCUUCCUGUCAAUGUCAAAUCUGACAUGUAGCUUCGAAGCCUAAUAAUAGUCGCCAGAAGAACUGCAAGAUUGACUACAACUAAAACCUUCAACAAAAAUGAUGUACAAUGUGUUUGAAACACACUAAAUUAGCUAAAGCUAUAGGACUGUGUUCGUGUUCUCCGCCUGUCUGCUACGGUGAUAUUGCAAUAAAACCGAGAAAGCGCACACCGCUAGACUGUUUGGGCUAUUCGCGAAAAUGCUGUGGCUGUAUCCCUCUCAAGGCAGCCGUAUUACUGAUCUCUUUUCUUUCUUUCUUCUGGGCAGCAUUCGAACUGGUCACGAUUGAUAGGUUCACUACGAAAAUGUUCUUGAAUCACGAGCAGGUCUUGAGAUACUUCAAGAUGAUCUACAUUUUUGGGACAGUCUGCUUGAUGAUCGCCACUGGAAUGCUUGUUUUGGGCACGCUCGUGGAUACCUACAAUUUGGUGAACUUCUACGUGUGGUAUGCCUUUCUGUAUCUGUCCGUUUAUUUUGUGAUGGCAAUGUUCAGUGUCGGUGUGAACGUGAUAACGACUGGCACUAUUUCGAAGAGACAAUCCGUGUGCACACUCUUCACCGUGGUAUGGAGUUGCUGUGAGUAACAAGAUUAAAGGACAGAAGUUUUUCUUUAUUUUCUGAUGGUUGUCAACAGUUUUAGAUACACAAUAUGGUAAUUAAAUUCAGAUAUUACAAUAAAUAAUUUAAAUUUUAA